AUGACUAGCGGUGCGGGCUACUCGCCCAGUCCCGAACCGGCUCCCGCCCUGUUCGUGCGAGCCAUGUAUGAUUAUGACGCAGACGACCAUACCAGUCUUAGCUUCCAACGAGGCGAUGUCAUCCAGGUUUUGAACCAGCUCGAGACCGGCUGGUGGGAUGGUGUCAUCAACAAUAACGUUCGCGGUUGGUUUCCCAGCAAUUAUUGUACUGUAAUCACAGACACAGCAGACCUGGAGGAUCAAUUAUCACACGCUCGCGAAGAUGGAGAGUUCAGCGCCGAAUCCGGUGUCGAAGAGGAAUAUGAAGAGGAACAUGAAGAUGAAGAGGUUGACUCGGAAGGAAACCCCCGCGAUUCACAGCCCAUUCUGCCCAUUGAGGGCCCGGGGCCAUGCUCGAGUAAUGAGCAGGAGGAAGCCGCCUUUUGGAUCCCCCAAGCGACCCCCGACGGUCGUUUGUUCUACUUCAAUACCCUCACCGGAUACAGCACAAUGGAGCUGCCGUUUGAAAACCCGACGUCGGCAAACGAAACUGGUCCCCGCGACCGAAACAACUUCUUUGUUCCCGAUCAGACUCGACCGCCACCGGAGAUGAUGGCUCGUGGCUUCGAGCGUGACGAGGAUGACUACGAUGGCUCGGGCUCUGAGGCUGAGGGCGAGUCGUUGAUGCUUGCCUCCCACGACUCCAUGUCCCGGAGACGCCAGUCGCUCAUGGAUGGGGUUUCGCCUGCUACUUCGAUGGACUCCUUGCAUCCCCCGUCCGCCACCAAGUCCGUCCAUGACAGACAGUCCAGAAGCCCGCGGAAGAUGUCGAAUGCUGCAAUUUCCGUCACGGACUUCCAUCGUCCUUCGAUCUCGUCGGAAGCUUCCACGCACUUUGUCGAUGACGGUGCUUCAGUUCCUCUUACCUGGCCCUUGCUCAUUGACACCAUGCACAAUGCUAUCGACUCAUACCGCCAAACGCUUUUGAACGGUGACCGUUCCGAAUAUGUGAGAAAGGCCGAGGACAUCUCAGAUCACCUCCGCAUGCUCCUGGCCGCUGGAUCGGAUACGACCGACAAUCAUUCCGGAAACCCGUCGAUCAUCUCGACCAACAAGGCCCUGUACCCCCACUUCAGGGAUAUGAUGUCCAAAUUUUCCAAGCUGGUCCUCUCGUCGCACAUUGCUGCAGCCGAUUGGCCGGGUCCAGACUCGGUCAACAAGUGUCUGCAAGAAGCCGAUGGAGUCAUGCAUGGCGUCUACGGUUACGUGGAUGUUGCAAGAAAGCAACGCGGGGAGACUAUUCACCGCACCAUCCCCGGCUUUGUGAUUGGCAGCACCUCGGGCGGCUGUUGGCAGAACAACGGUGUUUCCUUGACUGAGGCGGGUCCAACCUCGUUUCUGGACCAGGAUGGCGGCGACUCGCGUGCUGAGCCAUCCGUGCCCCUGGACUCGGCAUUGCUGGACCACAUUGACAUCCUCAGGAGAUCCUUUGUUGGCAGUAUUCGUCGGCUGGAGGAGCGGUUGACCCUGAACCAAAAGAAAAUCGUGACGCAUGCCCAACAAUAUGAAAUUGGUGACGCUGUGUCUGCUGCUGCGAUCCGGGUUGUCGAGCAAUUCCGCCCAUGGCUUUCUGCCGUCGAGGCGAUCAACCUGGCACCUCUUGGCACGAGCUUCCAGAACCCCCAACUGGUCGACUUCAGUCUGCAAAAGCAGCGGGUCUACGAUGCCAUUGCCGAUUUUGUCUUGAGCUGCCAAGCAGUCUCGGCCCCACUUGGGGAUGAAUGGGCUGAGUUGCGCAGCGAUUCACUUGACGACCGGCUGAACGCUGUCAGGAGUAUUGCCAGACAGCUCGAAAAUUAUGUUUCUCAGAUCGGAUUCUCCUUGUCCCUGCUUCUCGAACAGAUUCCUGAGCCCAACUCUGUUUUCCGAAGCGAAAGCCGUCUUGGUGGAGACAACGAGCCCUUCAACCCCCCGCACAGUCGAGGAGAAUCGCAGUCGAGGGUCCCCACAGAGACCAUUGGAAUACCAUCAUCCUACGCAGUCGACAAUUCUACAGAAAAGGUUCGACGCAACAUGGACAAAGCGCAGAGGUUCUUUGGCCAAGCCCCUCCUACAGCUAUCACCAGGGAGCCCAUCCGAGAGCCCGUCAGAGAGCCAGAUGAGACUCCUUGGUUCUUAUUGAAGAUGGACCACGAUGGCGAAGUGUUCUUCGAUACCAAGAACGACGUGCCCACUUUGAAAUGUGGAACGCUCGCAGGAUUAGUGGAACACCUUACACGCCAUGACAAGUUGGAUGCCUCUUUCAAUAACACUUUCCUCCUCACAUACCGCUCGUUCACGUCCGCCUCUGAGCUGUUUGAGCUGCUUGUACAACGGUUCAACAUUCAGCCUCCAUUUGGUUUGAAUGAUGAGGAAAUGCAGAUCUGGAUCGACAGAAAGCAAAGACCCAUCCGAUUCCGAGUUGUGAACAUUCUAAAGAGCUGGUUUGAGCAUUUCUGGAUGGAACCGAGUGAUGAAGUGAACAUGAACCUCCUUGGACGUGUUUACAACUUUACCAAGGAUUCCAUCGCCACCACAAAGACUCCUGGCUCUCCUCAGCUCUUAUCAGUCAUCGAGCAGCGUCUUCGUGGCCAAGACACAACCGCCAAACGACUUGUUCCUACGAAGGCUGUCCCUGCCCCGACACCUAUCAUCCCGAAGAACAUGAAGAAGCUCAAGUUCUUGGACAUUGAUCCCACUGAAUUUGCCCGACAGCUGACUAUCAUUGAAUGGUGCCUCUACUCGAAGAUCCGUCCUACCGAAUGCUUGAACAAGACAUGGCAGAAGAAGGUGGGGCCUGAUGAGCCUGAGCCUGCUGCUAAUGUGAAAUCGUUGAUUCUGCAUUCGAACCAAUUGACCAACUGGGUUGCGGAGAUGAUUCUCGCCCAAUCCGACGUCAAGAAGCGUGCCGAAAUCACGCGAUUGGAAACAUUGAAGGAACAGCGUGCCUCGACCCUCGAACUGGUUGAAAAACACCGCACGCUACUUUCUGAUCGCCAAGCUUUGGCUAAUUCUAGUCAGGAUGCCUCGCGCCUCAUGGCUCGUGGCAACAAGGGAGAACGACGCGACCCAGGAAAGCUCCUUAGAGAAGAGAAGAUGCGGAAGAGGAUCGCCAAGGAGUUGCCCAAGGUUGAAGCUGAUUUGAGAACCGAAUUGGAGAACUGGGAGGAUGAGUACGGCCGGCCGUUCCUCGUCCAUGGAGAAAGGUACCUUGAUGAGCUCACUCCGGUUAUGGCCAAACCUCCACCUCGCUCCAAGACACCAUCGGGUCCCCCUCCAAGCGCCACUAGAGGCAGUGCUACAAGGCCGCCCUCCCGCCCUGCCAGUGUAAUGGGAGGAGGCCCUUCCCGCCCCGCUAGUGUCAUGGGAGGAGGUCCUCCCCGCCCUGCAAGCUCAAUGAGGGAACCCCCUCCCUCGCGCUCUGCUACCAAGACCCCGACUGGCGGCCAGACAAAAUACAACACAAUUGGACCUUCGCGGGCGCCUUCCAGGGCUGGAGCCAAGUCACCUUCUAAGAUUCCCGCGCGUGUUCCUCUGAGCAAUAUGCCCCAUGGAAACAACUCGACUGAUCGCCGUGGUGGACCGGGAACGUAUUCUUCAAGCACUGUCGGCAAAAUGCCCGCUCCUCGUGCACCGCCGCCAAGGAUGCGCGCUCUGACCGUUGAUACCAAAGAAGAGCGUGGAAGCUACUUGUUCGACCCUCCUCGCUGCGCCAGUGCCAUGUCGAAUUCUUUUGUGCGGCCAGUCAGCCCGGAAGACCCUUAUGAUGACCGUAACCAGCGGUCCUUCAUGAGCUCGUCUAUCUUCUCUCACAGAUCGAAUGGACAGUCAUCGCUGUCUUCGACCUCGUCCUUACAGUCUUCUCUUCAGGGCUUCCCACGACCAAACCCUUAUCUGCAGCACGCACCACCGCCUCCAGCAGCUAGACAAGUAUCCAACUCAUCGACUAUAAACACGGCGAACUCCGGGUCCGAGAACUGGGAGACGUUUGAUGACGGUUCUGAUUCUGAACCAGAUGCUAGCGACGUUUACUAUGCUAAGCUUCGUGCUGCCCACGGGAAGAGAAUCGCCCCUGAGGAUUCUCAGCCCGUGUCCAUGGCAGGGAAGAAACCAAAGGGUAUCCGAAGUGUUAGCCCAGACGAGCCGAUCGGUGGUCAAAAUGCACAGAUGCUCAGGGUGGCAGGCAGUGAUGUCGACGAAUGGACAGACGAUAUGGAGCCUUAUUAA